CCUUUUACAUCUAAAAUAACUUUUAAAUCCCCCCCCCCCCACCCCCCACCCCAACCCUAACUACAAACUCGAUGCCAUGUUGAAGGCCAUCAAGAACUGUGAGAUGCCUAAGGAAACCUGGACAAGUUAUGACAUCAGGGUUCUUUACAAAGCAAAUAGCUUUAGUGAGGCAAGGUUGAAACUUCGCUGGGCAGAAGAUGACACAGACCUCCAGUCAGAAGCAGAGGAGGGGAGGCCAGAAAAAAGAAAAACCAGAACAUCUGGAGGGCCGCAUGAAACCUGCUGGCGGGCCCGAUCUGGCCCCUGGGCCUUAUGUUUGACACACCUGGUCUUCAUUAUGUUUGUCUCUAAACUAAGGCCAAAACAGCGCUUCCUCUCGAGUCAGGAGGAGUCUGACGAGGAGCCUGUGAAGCGCAAACCAGUCCUCCCUAAGGCGCCUUCCAUUCCACCUCUGCCGUCAGUGUUGCGUGAGGCCAUUUCCUCAUCAGAAAUAUCUCCGCCUAGUCAACUUGACUCUCUGCAGCCGUUUCACGCCCUUGGACCUCCUGAGCCAUCAUACAAUCUUGCCUCUCAAUCGUCUCGCCAGCAUGGAACUCCUGAGCCAUCCGACCAUCUUGCCUCUCAAUCGUCUCGCCACCAUGGAACUCCUGAGCCAUCCUACCAUCUUGCCCCUCAAUCGUCUCGCCACCAUGGAACUCCUGAGCCAAUCGACCAUCUUGCCCCUCAAUCGUCUCGCCACCAUGGAACUCCUGAGCCAUCCGACCAUCUUGCCUCUCAAUUGUCUCGCCACCAUGGAACUCCUGAGCCAUCCUACCAUCUUGCCUCUCAAUCGUCUCGCCACCAUGGAACUCCUGAGCCAUCCUACCAUCUUGCCUCUCUGCAGCCGUCUCGCGCCUUUGGAACUUCUGAGCCAUCCUACCAUCUUGCCCCUCUAUCGUCUCGCCAGCAUGGAACUCCUGAGCCAUCCUACCAUCUUGCCCCUCAAUCGUCUCGCCAGCAUGGAACUCCUGAGCCAUCCUACCAUCUUGCCCCUCAAUCGUCUCGCCAGCAUGGAACUCCUGAGCCAUUCCAUCUUGCCUCUCAUGCUGCUUCUGAGAUGGACCUGCCCUCUGUUGCAGCAUUACUCCGAGAGAUCAUUGCCAAGCAGGAGGUGAUGUGUGAUAUGCAGAGAAAUCUGCUGCGGAUUGUUCAGGAUCUCUCUUCUACACCUACACCACAUGGACACCACAUGGACAGAAGUUUCCUGCCCUUGAGGGAUGCUGAGGCUCUUUUGGCGCUGGACCGCGACAUUAAGACCAAGCCAGAGAAGAGAAAGGACUUGGUACCUGUCCCCUUACUUUGCUCAGAUGACCAACCUCCAAGAGAAGUAUCCUUCUGUGUAUGAGGCCUU